AUGGCCCUGCUGACCGCCCUGAUGGCAACCCAGACAUCUGCUGCCAGAACCACAAGAUGGCCAAAACCGAAGCAUACCAAGAAGCCCCCGAGAGGUGGCGGUGGACCAGUCCAGGGAGUUCCCCCCCGCUUGGGUCUCCAUCAGGCUAGUACCACAACCCCGAGUCCCUCCAGCACUACAGGGACCGAGGAGACCACUGAAUCCAUGACGGAUGGCUACUCCUCCUCCCCCACGGACAGCACCACGUACACCAGUGAUGCCUACUCCGCUGACUACCACACAGAGGCCAUGGUGCCAGCUGGUGUGGGGCUAGAGAACUACACCCUGGACUAUAACGAAUGCUUCUUUAACUUCUGUGAGUGCUGUCCUCCUGAGAAAGGGCCUCCAGGACCAGUAGGAGAGAGGGGUCUACCAGGUCCAGCAGGAGAGAAGGGGGAGAGAGGACCAAUGGGGCUAGCUGGUCCAGCAGGUCUUCCUGGCACACCAGGACUUGUUGGAAGCAAAGGAGAAAAGGGAGACCGUGGAGAGGCAGGGAUCCCUGGCAGCUUAGGUGUUCCUGGUAGACCCGGGGACAAAGGUGAUCCUGGCACAAGAGGCAGCAAUGGAGAUAUAGGCCCUCCUGGGCUGAAAGGAGACCCAGGGGAGAAAGGGGACCGAGGUGAGAGUGGGUUUAAGGGAGAGAAGGGAGACCCAGGGGUAGUGGGGAUGAUGGGCGCUCCUGGGCUAGAUGGCAUGAAGGGUGAAAAGGGGGAAAGGGGGGAAACUGGAGACUGCCUAUCUGGAGAGAAGGGGGACCAGGGUGAGACUGGACCCCCUGGACCGAAAGGUGAAGCUGGACCUCCCGGACAGAACGGCACUCAUGGACCUCCUGGGGCUGACGGUGAGAAGGGUGACGCAGGCGCUCCAGGGGUCAAGGGAGACGCAGGACCUGCGGGACCCCCCGGUCCACCAGGGGGAAGAGGCACACCAGGACUGAAGGGAGCCAGGGGGCCGAAGGGCCCGCGGGGGCAGAGAGGAGUGAAAGGGGCCAAAGGGGAGAGCGCUGUCCAGAGUCGCUCGGCGUUCAGCGUGGGUCUUUUCCCCAGCAGGUCCUUCCCUCCUCCUGGCCUGCCUGUCAAAUUCGACAAGGUGUUUUACAACGAUGAGGGUCACUGGGAUGCUGCCACCAGCAAGUUUAACUGCACCUUUCCAGGUGUGUACGUGUUCUCGUAUCACAUCACCGUCCGGAACCGGCCACUCCGCGCUGCCUUGGUGGUGAAUGGCAUGCGCAAGUUGCGUACACGUGACUCCCUCUACGGCCAGGACAUUGACCAAGCCUCCAACAUGGCCUUGUUCCGGCUGGACCCUGGAGACCAGGUGUGGCUGGAGACGCUGCGGGACUGGAACGGAGUUUACUCGAGUAGUGAAGAUGAUAGCACCUUCUCUGGCUUCCUCCUCUAUGCUGAUGUCAAGGACUGACCCU